AGAGCGGCCGCGGAGGAGCCACAAGCAGAGGACGGGAGGAGGAGGAAAAAGGGGAAACCGAGGCACGACCCAAGUCACCUUCCUCCCAACGCAACCAACGGCGGCUAAGACGCCCUCUCUCCAUGUCCUGAAAAGGGACGUCUCCGUGGGGACCGCGAUGGGCCCGGCGCCGGCCUCCUCGCCCGGAAAUCCGAGGCUGGCGCUCCGGCGGAAGGAAUACGCCAACUGGAUGGCCGAACUGCCCCCUCGGCUGUGGACCGUCCCUCUUCACCACCUCUCCAUCCCAGGGAGCCACGACACGAUGACGUACUGUUUGAACAAGAAUUCCCCCGUGUCCGAGAACGGAUCGAAGCUGUUGCGGUUUCUGGUUAGGGUGGCCCCCUGCGUCGCCCGCCCGGCGGUUCUGAAGUGGUCCGUGACCCAGGUGCUGAACGUGACAGAGCAGCUGGAUUGCGGAAUCCGAUACCUGGACCUCAGGAUCGCUCACAUGCCGGACGGCUCGGAGAAGAACCUACAUUUCGUGCAUAUGGUCUACACCACAGCCCUAGUCGAGGACACCCUGACGGAGAUCUCGGAAUGGCUGCAGCAGCAUCCCAAGGAGGUGGUGAUCCUGGCCUGCAGGAAUUUCGAAGGGAUGACGGCCAGCCUGCACCAGUAUCUCGUCUCCUGCAUAAAAAACAUCUUCGGUGACACGCUCUGCCCCCGGGGUGAGUUCCGGAGCCUGCAGCAGCUGUGGAAGGAGGGCUACCAAGUCAUCGUCUCCUACGAGGACGAGGAGACCGUCAGCGGGCACGGGGAGCUCUGGCCCGCCGCUCCUUACUGGUGGGGCGACAAGGUCAAAGCCGACGACCUCGUCCGCUACUUAGAAGCCAGGAAAGACGACGGGCGACCAGACGGACUUUUCGUGGCUGGGAUCAACCUGACGGAAAACCUGCGGUACAUCCUGGCGCACCUGUCCGGCUCCUUGAAGGAGAUGACCCUUCCCAACCUGCCCCGCCUGGAGGCCUGGAUUCGGGGUCAGAUCCCCGGCCCGGGAUUCAAGUGCACCAAUAUCAUCGCCGGAGACUUCGUCGGGCUCGAUGAUUUCGUCGGGGACGUCAUCCGUCUGAAUGAAAAGCUUCUCAGACCCUGAGCGGUGGCUCCGUUUGCCAUUCAUUCGUUCGGUCGUCUUUAGCGAGCGCUCGCCGCGUGCACAGCGCUGGACUCGGCGCUUGGGAGAGGACACCGGGAUG